AUGGAGAAUAAGAGGAAUGUCUCUGAAUUCAUUCUGCUUGGACUUUCUUAUGACCAUGACAUACAGAUAUUUUGCUUUGUUCUUUUCUUAGUCUGUUACAUGGCUCUUUUGCUAGGAAAUUUUGUGAUCCUUAUCUCGAUUCGAUGCAGCCCUCUUUUUCAUCAGCCAAUGUACUAUUUCCUCAGCCACCUGUCUUUUAUGGAUAUAUGUUUUACCUCUUGUGUGACCCCGAAAUUCAUUGGUGAUCUGCUAGUAGUUCGGAAAACCAUCUCUUACUCAAACUGCAUGCUGCAAGUCUUUGCCAUGCACUUCUUUGGAAUGAUUGAAGUCUUAAUCCUAACAGUCAUGGCCUUUGACCGCUAUGUGGCUAUCUGCAGGCCUCUCCACUACAUGGUUAUAAUGAGCAGGACAAAAUGCCAUCUUCUAAUGUUAGCAGCUUGGGCUGGAGGAGCAGCCCACUCAUUUCCUCAGUUUUCUAUUGCACUCUUGUUGCCCUAUUGUGGCCCCAAUCAAAUUGACCACUACUUCUGUGACAUUUUUCCUCUGCUCAAAGUUGCUUGUGCUGACACCUACAUCACUGGUGUCCUUGUUCUGGCCAAUUCAGGUAUUGUCACUUUGGUGACCUUUGUGGUUCUGUUUGUUUCUUAUGUCAUUAUUUUACUCACUUUAAGAACUCACUCAGCGGAAGGAAGACGCAAAGCCCUGGCUACAUGUGGAUCUCAUAUCACUGUGAUAGUUUUAUUCUUUGGGCCUGCAAUCUUCUCCUACCUUAGACCUCCUACCACUUUCCCUGAAGAUAAAAUAUUCGCACUGUUUUACACCAUUAUUGCUCCUAUGUUCAACCCCUUAAUUUACACACUGAGAAAUGCAGAGAUGAAAAAUGCAAUGAGAAAAGUUUGGUGUCAAUCUCUAAUUUUAAUGGAAGUAUACAACUAA